UUGUUGCCAAUUUGUUUCAUUAAUGCAUGUCGGCGAAACAAAUGUUUGUGCAAAUUUUUGUUUGUUUAAUGAAUAUUUUAUAAAGUGAUCUUAAAUUAGUUAAAUUUAUUUUUUUAAUUAAUUUUUUGUUUCACUUUAAAAGUUUAAAUUAUACUGCAUCUUAACCAUGAGUGACAAUCUAGGUGACUUGGAAUAUAUACUGCCUCGGAUUACUACUGAUGAUUUACGGGAAUUGAACUUGGAUUUAAAUUCAUGGUCUGAUAGCAAUCAGACUGAACUUCCAUUUCUGGCCAUACCACCUGAUUCAGAUCCAGCACAGCGGGAUAUUAAAACUGAGCCGUCUAGUCAUUCCUCUGCAGAAUAUGAUGGUUUUUCUACCAUGUCGCUACAGAAUAUGAAUUCAGCUGCCAUUCAACAUUCAGUACAAACUGUUCCCAGUAACAAGGAUUUUGCUGGGGAUUACAACUUUGAUCUCAAAGUAGCAUGUAGCAAACUUGGACAACAGAAACCUCAAGUUACUUACUCUCAAAAACUGAAUAAGGCUUUUAUCAACAUGGGACAUACACUGCCAAUAGAUUUUUUCUGGAACCCUAUGAUCCCUGGAUUGUUUGUAAGAGCAACAAUGCUGUAUUCUAGCCCUCAUGAUGCUCCGAAUCUGGUUAUGAGAUGUAAAAAUCAUAAGACUAUGAAAUCAAGUGAUAAUUUAGAUGAUUUCAAUAAUUCUGAUCAUGUUUUGUUGUGCAAGUCAGUGGGAGCUCAGUACUUUGGUUCAGUUGAUUCUAAUACACAUUUGAAUGUGACAGUGCCGUUAGGCAAUGUGCAGACAGGUGAUUCUUCUGUGAGAGUAUUAUAUGAAUUUGCUUGCAAGCAUUCUUGUGUCAGUGGCAUGAAUCGACGCAGUGUUGAGUGCGUUUUUACCUUAGAGAAUUUGGAUGGACAAAUACUUGGUCGAAGGAAAAUUGGCAUCAGAGUAUGUAGUUGCCCAAAACGAGAUAUGAACAAAGAGGAGGAACAUGAUAACAAACCAAGUGGAAAACGAAAAAUUAAGCAAUGUUCUGAUGAAGAACCUCUGCCAAUUGAAAUUGCCAAAAAGAGUAAAGACUCUGGGCCGUUGGACGCAACAUACUAUGAUCUUCCACCUGUCAUGGGUAAAAAGAAUUAUGCAACGACAGUGCAAUUAAUAUUUGGUAUUUUAAGUGGUGCAAUGGUUCGUUCUUCGCCCGAAGAUCAACUAAAACUGCAGCCUUGUGUUGCGGAAUAUGAAAGACUGGUGAAUGAACUUGAAAAAAAAACAUGAACCAAGGAUGAAUGUUUUGGUUUAAACAUGUUCACCAAUUUAUAUUUCUAUGACCCAGUUAUAUUAGUAUGUAUAGUUGUAUUUCGAUAAUUUUAGUUAUAUUACAUAUAAUAAUUAUAUGUAACUGCAAGCAAAUGAAUUUAAAAAUCAUAGUUUUAAUUUACAGGUUUUGUCAUAGAUAUUUUAUAUUAAUUAAUUUGGAAC